AUGUGCAGCGCCGAGGGCGGCGGCGGCAACACGGAGGAAGGCGAAAAGACGGGUUCCAGCAGCAGGAAGAGGUCGCGGGAUGAGGGCGCGGCCACCGCUGACGUGUCAUGCAGCAAGGCCAACCGGGAGAAGAUGAGACGCGACCGACUCAAUGACAGGUUUCUGGAGUUCCUGGAGCUGAGCCGAUCACUGGAACCAGGCAAGGCGCCCAAGGCGGACAAAGCGAGUAUCCUGUGUGACGCGGUCCGCGUGCUCUCCCAGCUGCACUGCCCAUCGCACACCCCCCUUUUUACACGGCUCCCUCAGAGGUUCCUGGAGCUGAGCCGGUCACUGGAACCAGGGAAAGCGCCUAAGGCGGACAAGGCGAGCAUCCUGUGUGACGCGGUGCGCGUGCUCUCGCAGCUGCGCGCCGAGCGAGAGGCACUCAAGGAGAGCAACGCGGCGCUGCAGGAGCAGAUCAAGGAGCUCAAGGAGAGCAAUGCGGCGCUGCAGGAGCAGAUCAAGGAGCUCAAGGCACAGAAGCACGAGCUCUGUGAGAAGGCCCAACUCAAGGCCGAGAGUGAGAAGCUUCAGCAGCACCUCAACCGCUCCGCUGCGUUUGAAGCUGAGAAGCACGAGUUACGUGAGGAGAAGGCCCGGCUGAAGGCCGAGAGUGAGAAGCUUCAGCAGCAUGUCAACGGCUCCGCUGCUGCUGCAGCAGCUGCCGCUGCUGUUACCCCCACCCACCCCGCCACUCCCACCACCGCCAUCCCCGUCACCGCCAUCCCUCUCCACCACUCUCCACCCACCGCGCCCGCCACACCCAUGGCGUACCAGCCGCACCCCCACGCUGCGGCCAUGCAUGCAGCUGCUACUGCGUAUGCGGCUCAGAUGCAGCAGUGCCAGCAGAUGGCUCUUGGCACUCCCAAGGGAGCACACAUGGGCGGCAUGACCGCAACCAUGUCUGCACCUAUGUCUGCUCCUAUGCCUACUCCCAUGACUGCUGCUGCUGUGUCGCAUGCCGUGUCCCAUCCGGUGGGUCAGCCUGUGCCUCAGCCGAUGCAUCAGCCAGGGGUGUUUGCGGGCGGCCCGCCGCCCAUGGCCAUGUGGCAGUGGAUGGCGCCUACCUCAGUUGACACCUCCCAGGACCACAUGCUCCGGCCGCCUGUGGCUUAG